AAACAGGAUGCGAAAGUAUAAACUGGCAUUGAAAAGUAGAAUAUCAUUACAGAAUUUGGAAGACUUAAGACUCUUUUUAAAAUAACAGUAGGUCCUGAACCUUUUCCAUUCUCUUGUCUGGCUUCUGAUUGUGCCUAAGGAACCUGAAUUUGCGAAACAACAGGCUGAAUUAAGAGCAAUCUCUGUGGCACAGGAUGAACCAGCCUUGAAGAGAAAAUACUACAAACUGGUUAAUGGAUGUGAAAAUGAUGUUUUAUUUUUGUGACCAGCAUCUGUGAGAUCUAUAAUAGAAAUGAUGGCUGGCUGUGGUGAAAUUGAUCACUCAGUAAACAUGCUUCCUACGAACAGGAAAGCGAAUGAAUCCUGUGCUAAUACUGCACCUUCUCUAACUGUCCCUGAAUGUGCCAUUUGUCUGCAAACAUGUGUUCACCCAGUCAGUCUGCCUUGUAAGCAUGUUUUCUGCUAUCUAUGUGUAAAGGGAGCUUCAUGGCUUGGAAAACGAUGUGCCCUCUGUCGACAAGAAAUUCCCGAGGAUUUCCUUGACAAGCCAACCUUGUUGUCACCAGAAGAACUCAAGGCAGCAAGUAGAGGAAAUGGUGAAUACGCAUGGUAUUAUGAAGGAAGGAACGGGUGGUGGCAGUAUGAUGAACGCACGAGUAGGGAGCUGGAAGAUGCUUUUUCCAAAGGUAAAAAGAGCACUGAAAUGUUAAUUGCCGGGUUUCUGUAUGUUGCUGAUCUUGAAAAUAUGGUUCAAUAUAGGCGAAAUGAACAUGGACGUCGCAGGAAGAUGAAGCGGGACAUAAUAGAUAUACCAAAGAAGGGAGUAGCCGGACUUAGGCUGGACUGUGAUGCUAAUACCGUAAACCUAGCAAGAGAGAGCUCUGCUGAUGGAGCGGACAGUGUAUCGGCACAGAGUGGAGCUUCGGUUCAGCCUCUAGUGUCUUCGUCUGUGAGGCCCCUGACGUCAGUAGAUGGUCAGUUAACAAGCCCUGUGACACCAUCCCCUGAUGCAAGCACUUCUCUGGAAGACUCUUUUGCUCAAUUACAACUCGGUGGAGACAGCCUGGCUGAAAGGAGUCAUAGGGGGGAAGGAGAAGAAGAUCGUGAAUUACCAUCCUCAGGCAGGGUACCGGCACCAGACACCUCCAUUGAAGAAACUGAAUCAGAUGCCAGUAGUGAUAGCGAGGAUGUGUCAGCGCUUGUUGCACAACAUUCCUUGACCCAACAGAGACUUUUGGUUCCUAAUGCAAACCAGACAGUAUCUGAUCGAUCAGAUCGAUCAAUAACUGAUGGAUCACUAGCAGGGGGUGGAACAGUAAGUGCCAGUGUCAGAUCUAGAAGGCCUGAUGGACAGUGCACAGUAACUGAAGUUUAAAUAAAAGUCUUCAGCUCCAUGCUCAAGGUUAAAAUGGUUAUCUGUAAAUUUCUGCCCACAUAACAUUAUACUCAUCCCUAGUAGUACAUUUUUGGGAGUUGGGGUGGGAAGGGGUAUAGGAAGGAUAGACCUAUAAUUAAAAUGUCCAGUCUAACAUGUCUCUGUUGAGAAAUUUAUUUAAGGAACUUGGGUGUUAAUAGUUGAAAGCUGUUUAGUAAUAACCCAGUUUUCUUGAAGUCUGCUUAUUUUAUAGUUUUAAAAAAUUCCGUUCUUUUGGCCGGCGUGUAUGUAUUAUCUGUGCAUUAAUGGUCCCAUCUGACUUUUGCAUUUUGUCUUACUUUCCUGCAUGGAUUGACAUAAAGCCAUUACUAAAAUUUGGCACCUAUGAGAUGUAUCAGUUUUAACAGGAAGCUUAAUUAAUGUGAGAAUACAUGUGAAUUUGGGGUUUUAAAAUAGACAAAAACUAUUUAAUAGUAAAGUUACUGAAAUGGAAAUGUAAAGAAAACACCUAAUUUAUGUUUCAUAAUCUUGUCUGUAACAUAUUCACGGCGUUCCCAUAGACUUUGCUGUCUAGUCCUUGUAGUUUGAAGUUUCUCUUGAUCGUUUUCUUUUUGGUUACAAAAUUUAUAAUUUAAUAAAUACUAGAAUUUAUCAAAAA